ACAGAGAGAGAGAGAGAGAAGAAAAUAAAAGAGAGGAACCGUCCCUGUGAAGAAAGUCAAACUCAACACCCAACCAACAAACACUUUGAAUUAUCUGAGACUUCAAAAAAAAAAAAAAAAUCUCGGCCACGUUUUCCGGCGAACUUGGAUGCCCAAUCAUUUAGGACGCACGGCGGCGCCGGUGUACAACUAGUUGAUCAUCAAUAUUAUUAUGAGGAGAAACCAAAACAAAGCUAAUAACAAUCUUCCUAUUGAUAAUAAACAUCAUGAUAUCAGCAGUAAUAAUAAUGGCGGCGUAAUCCCUAAUUCUUUUAGAUUUAUUUCUUCUUAUAUUAAGACUGUUUCUUCUAACGUCAGGUCUGCCGGCGAUUCUUCCGAUGAACUUCGCAAAGAUCAGGUUUUGUAUUCUUGCUUUGAUAGACUAGAGCUUAGUCCAUCAAUUAUCAAGAAUGUACUCCUACUUGGGUACACAAAUGGUUUUCAAGUCCUUGAUGUUGACGAUGGUUCUAAGUUUAGUGAACUGGUUUCAACUCGUGACGAUCCCGUCACAUUUCUACAAAUACAGCCUACACCUGAAGAGACUGAGGGUAUUGAGGGAUUUAAAAUGUCACACCCUUUGCUAUUGGUUGUGGCUAGUGAAACGACGAAUCUUUCGGGUCCAUCACACAAUGAGAGAGACGAAUCUCAGAUGGAAGAUUCCAUGUAUUCUCCCAGGGCUGUUCGGUUUUACUCAAUGAGGUCACACAGUUAUGUUCACGUCUUGCGGUUCCGGUCAACUGUGUACAUGGUUAGAUGCAGCCCACGAAUAGUGGCCGUAGGUCUUGCUUCCCAAAUAUAUUGUUUCGAUGCACUUACCCUUGAAAACAAGUUUAGUGUGCUCACAUAUCCAAUAUCACAACUGGGAGGACAAGGACUAUCCGGGAUUAACAUUGGCUUUGGGCCAAUGGCUGUGGGGCCUAGAUGGUUGGCUUAUGCUUCCAAUAAUCCAUUGUUGUCAAACACAGGACGCUUAAGUCCUCAAAAUUUGAGCCCUUCUCCAGGUGUAAGUCCUUCAACCUCACCUAGUAGUGGAAGUUUAAUGGCUCGAUAUGCCAUGGAGUCCAGCAAGCAGUUGGCUAGUGGCCUUAUAAAUCUGGGAGACAUGAGCUACCGAACCUUGUCAAAGUAUUGUCAUGAAUACCUCCCUGAUAGUUCCAGCUCUUCAGUUUCAUUAAACGUCAGCCGGAAAGCUGGUAGGGCAGUAUCUCAUUCCACUGAUAAUGCCAAUGCUGGAAUGGUUGUGAUUAAAGAUUUCGUAUCUCGGGCCGUUGUUUCACAAUUUAGGGCACAUGCAAGUCCCAUAUCUGCACUAUGUUUUGAUCCAAGUGGGACUCUUUUGGUCACUGCAUCAGUACAUGGGAAUAAUAUCAACGUUUUCCGUAUUCUUCCUACCUCAACACAAAAUGAAUCAGGCAGCCAAAGUUUUAAUUGGAAUUCUGCUCAUGUUCAUCUUUACAAGCUCCAUCGUGGCAUGACUUCUGCUGUGAUACAAGACAUUUGUUUUAGUCAAUAUAGUCAAUGGAUAGCCAUAGUUUCAUCUAGGGGUACAUGCCAUAUUUUCUUAUUAUCUCCUUUUGGUGGCGAGACUGGUAUUCAAUUGCAAAAAUCCAAAAUAAAAGGUCAAGCACUCUCAGCUUUUGUAGCAGUACCUUGGUGGUCGACUUCAUCUUUCAUGAAAGAUCAAUCACUAUCACAACCACCUCCAGCAGCCAUCACUCUGUCUGUGGUUAGCAGAAUAAAAAAUGUUAAUCUUGGGUGGAUUAAUACGGUAAGCAGUGCUGCAUCUGGAAAAACAUCUGUGCCACCUGGCGUUAUUGCUGCCAUGUUCCAUAGCUCUGUUUGUCGAAAUUCGGAAUCUGCUGUCUCAACUGGGGAAACCUUAGAGCACCUCUUGGUGUAUACUCCAUCGGGCUAUGUUAUACAAUAUGAGUUGUUGCCUUCUACAGGGAGAGAGGAAGGUGAAUCAUCUUUGAGUAUGGGGUCAGCCUCACAUGUACAGACCCAAGAUGAAGACUUGCGUGUUAAAGUUGAACCCAUUCAGUGGUGGGAUGUUUGCCGAAGAAGUGAUUGGCCAGAAAAAGAGGAGUUUAUUGGUGGGGCUACUCCUGGUAGACACAACUCUCUAGAAACUGUCAUGACUAAUUCUGAUGAUGAAGACAGUAAACGCCAAGAACGAUCCCGUUGGUAUCUUUCUCAUGCUGAAGUGCAAAUGAGGUCCGUGAGGGUGCCCGUUUGGCAAAAGUCCAAGAUAUAUUUCUAUGUGAUGGACCCACAAUUUUGUGGAAAGCUAAAUGAUGGUGGAGAGGUUGAUAUUGAAACGAUCCCAGUGAAUGAAGUUGAAGUAAGGCAGAAAGACUUGCUUCCCGUUUUCGACAGCUCUGGUGCAGUUUAUCCUGGUUGGAGUGAUGCCCGAGUCUUUGCUGCUGGUAGAUAUUCUGCUUCAUCUUCCAACAUUGGUAGCAGUGACGAAAAGUUUUUUCAAGAUUCCAGUGUAUCCCGUGGAUCACCGGCGCAUGCAGAGUUACAAAACUCAGAACAGAUGGAACGACAGAUAUCUUAUCCUAUUCUUGCUUUAACUGUAAAUAAAAAUGAUGGCGAGAAUAGGCUAAGUUCUUUUAAUGGAGUUAAUGAUGUGCUACCAUCUGGUCUUGAUGAAAUCAUGAAUUCUCCAUCCCCUGUUGACAACGCAAUUGCUCCUGGUGCAACUGUUGAUAGAGGGAUUCAAUCUUCAGAAAGCGUUGUGACUAGCGACACUUCAAAUCCAGGUUCUAAUCGUUCUGACUUGAGUAUGAAUAUUGUUGAUGAAGUUCAGAUGCAUAAAGACAUGUUAGAGUUUGGACAUGAUUUUAAUGAAGAGUACCGCAAACCAUCAACUGAGAAGGAAAGUUUUAAACAUGGAGAAAUGACUGAUGCUGAUGGUAAUAAUAGCCGCCAUCAGAGGAACAAGUCCGAGGAUGAUGGUGACAGUGACGAUAUGCUUGGAGGGGUGUUCGCGUUCUCUGAAGAAUGAGGUUUGUAAAGUCGUAUAAUGCGUUUGAUGGGGAACCUGUUUCAUAUGGAAGUGCAAACUAACUGAUUGAUUUGAGAGCUGAACUGUGUUGUUUCUUGGUGCUUGUGGUUAAGCUCGAGCAGCAAUACUUGGUUUUCUCUGUUUUAAUUCUUGUGUACAUGAUGUAUAGUAGUACCAUUAAGAAUUAUUUGUGUAACAUUACUUUGUUUUUUUAAAGUGAAGAAAUCUAGACAUUCUUUUAUGUGA